CACAACAUUAAGCACUCUUCAUCCCUCUCUCUCCCGCCUCCGCCCUCACACUCCAAUCCGCAAUGUCCGAGCUACGCCAACGAAGCACCAAGAAAGAAGAAGAAGAAGCCAAAUCGUCGCCGUCCCUGUCGCCAGCGGCGCGGGCGCGCGCCGAAGACAACGCCAUCACCCUGCUGGAUCUCUGCCGCGGCCUCGUCUUCCUACUUCUGCUAUGCGGCGCAACGUCCUACAUCGUGACGCGCGAGAGUUUUAUCUGGAAUAUCAAGCGGCCGGGAUGGACACGGCCGGCUGCGAUCCGGGCUUGGAUUAACGGGCCCCAGCUAUACACAGACGCAGACCUAAAAGCCUACGAUGGGACCGAUCCCACGAAACCCAUCCUUCUCGCCAUCAACGGCACCGUCUACGACGUGACUUUGGGCAGCCGCCACUACGGUCCAGGAGGCAGUUAUCAUUUCUUCGCCGGCGCCGACGCCUCGCGAGGUUUCGUCUCUGGCUGUUUCAAAGAGGAUAUAACUCCCGACCUCCGCGGUCUCGAACAAAUGUUCCUCCCCCUCGACGACCCAGAGAUCGACUCCUUGUAUACGGCCCGUGAGCUGAAGAUUCUGCGCGAGCAGGAGAAGAGGAAAGCGAGGGAGGAAGUGCAUAAAGCGCUCAAGGGCUGGGUUGAUUUCUUUGAGAAGUCGAGUAAAUACCCAAGGGUGGGCCGUGUAAAGAGGGAGCCUGGGUGGGAGGAGAAGAAUCCAGUGCCGAAGCUUUGUGAGGCGGCGCAGGCGAGGAGGAAGAGGAGGGAUCCUCCUAAGGCGGAGGAGGAGAAAAAGGGGGAGUAG